ACUGCAGUUGUCUCCGGGUGAACCUCGGGAGCCUUGGCACAGCUCGCUUCUAAAGCUUGGAAAUGACCCGCCACACCUGAAGCCUGCAGGUGCUGAGGCCACAUUCGACCAGACCCAAGCUUUGGGAGACCCCUGGGGAAAUUUCCCACUUCCUGUCCUGAGACCAGGAACUCAGCAGAGAAACUUUGUGGAAAAUGAACUGAAGGAUGCCACCCAGGGAGAGCAUCGCCUGAGAUCCCAUCAUGCAGGCCUUCCCACAAGGGCCCGGCAGCAUGACAAGGUGAAGGCAGAGUAUGUGCAUCUCAACCACCCACUCACCCUCUUGACCAGAGAGCGCGAUUUGGCCUUGAAGGAGAAACACCAGCUCCAAGCCAAGCUGGAGAACCUAGAACAGGUCCUGAAGCAUAUGCGAGAGGCGGCUGAACGGCGGCAGCAGCUGGAGUUGGAGCAUGAGCAGGCCCUGGCUGUUCUCAGCGCCAAGCAGCAGGAAAUUGACCUUCUGCAGAAGGCUCAGGUUGAGGCUAAGAAGGAGCAUGAAGGUGCAGUGCGGCUGCUAGAGUCCAAGGUUCGAGAGCUGGAAGAGAAAUGCCGGACUCAAAGUGAGCAGUUCAACCUGCUGUCCCGGGACCUGGAGAAGUUCCGGCAGCACGCUGGGAAGAUUGACCUGCUGGGUGGCAGCACGGUGGCCCCCCUGGAUGUCUCCACGGCCCCCGGCAAGCCUUUCCCGCAGUUCGUGAAUGGCCUAGCCACCUCCCUCGGCAAAGGUCAGGAGAGCGCUAUUGGAGGCGGCUCUGCGAUCGGUGAAUAUAUCCGGCCCCUUCCACAGCCUGGUGACAGUCCGGAGCCUCUGCCCGCCAAGCCCACCUUUCUGUCGGGAUCCGGUAGCCCAAGAUGCAGAUCUGAGUCAGACAUGGAGAAUGAACGGAAUUCCAAUACCUCAAAGCAGAGAUACUCGGGGAAGGUCCACCUCUGUGUUGCCCGCUAUAGCUACAACCCCUUCGAUGGACCGAACGAGAACCCCGAAGCCGAGCUGCCCCUCACGGCGGGAAAAUACCUCUACGUCUAUGGAGACAUGGAUGAGGAUGGGUUCUAUGAAGGAGAGCUCCUCGAUGGCCAGAGGGGUCUGGUGCCCUCCAACUUCGUGGACUUUGUGCAGGACAACGAGUCGCGGCUGGCAAGCACGCUGGGGAACGAGCAGGAUCAGAACUUCAUCAACCAUUCCGGCAUCGGCCUGGAGGGAGAGCACAUCCUGGACCUCCACUCCCCAACCCAUACGGACGCGGGCAUCACCGACAACAGUGCCGGGACCCUGGACGUGAACAUCGACGACAUCGGAGAAGACAUCGUGCCUUACCCUAGAAAAAUCACCCUUAUCAAACAACUCGCCAAAAGUGUUAUUGUGGGCUGGGAGCCCCCGGCGGUGCCACCAGGAUGGGGAACCGUGAGCAGCUACAACGUCCUGGUGGACAAGGAGACGCGCAUGAACCUCUCCCUGGGGAGCAGAACUAAAGCCCUCAUCGAGAAGCUCAACAUGGCAGCCUGCACCUACCGCAUCUCCGUGCAGUGUGUCACCAGCAGGGGCAGCUCGGACGCGCUGCAGUGCACGCUGCUGGUGGGCAAGGACGUGGUGGUGGCCCCCUCCCACCUGCGGGUGGACAACAUCACGCAGAUCUCCGCCCAGCUCUCCUGGCUGCCCACCAACAGCAACUACAGCCACGUCAUCUUCCUCAACGAGGAGGAGUUCGACAUCGUCAAGGCCGCCAGGUACAAGUACCAGUUCUUCAAUCUCAGGCCCAACAUGGCCUAUAAGGUGAAGGUUCUGGCCAAACCCCACCAGAUGCCGUGGCAGCUCCCGCUGGAGCAAAGGGAGAAGAAGGAGGCCUUUGUGGAGUUCUCCACGUUGCCUGCAGGCCCCCCAGCACCCCCACAAGAUGUCACUGUCCAGGCUGGGGCAACCCCCGCCACCAUCCGGGUCUCCUGGAGACCACCCGUGCUGACGCCCUCCGGGCUGUCCAACGGCGCAAACGUUACCGGCUACGGCGUGUACGCCAAAGGGCAGAGGGUGGCUGAAGUCAUCUUCCCCACGGCAGACAGCACGGCCGUGGAGCUCGUGCGGCUGCGGAGCCUGGAGGCCAAGGGUGUGACCGUGCGGACCCUCUCCGCCCAGGGCGAGUCCGUGGACUCUGCAGUUGCUGCCGUUCCCCCCGAGCUCCUGGUGCCUCCUACCCCCCACCCAAGACCUGCACCCCAAUCAAAGCCAUUAGCAAGUUCUGGAGUCCCCGAUACCAAAGACGAGCGCCUGGGUCCCCACGCCAGGAUGGACGAGGCCUGGGAGCAGAGCCGUGCACCUGGCCCUGUGCAUGGGCACACGCUGGAGCCGCCCGCAGGCCCCGGAAGGCGGUCGCCCUCACCCAGCCGCAUCCUGCCGCAGCCGCAGGGCACCCCAGUGUCCACCACCGUUGCCAAGGCCAUGGCCCGGGAGGCUGCACAGAGGGUGGCUGAGAGCAGCAGGUUAGAGAAAAGGAGCGUCUUCCUAGAGAGAAGCAGCGCAGGGCAGUAUGCCGCCUCGGAUGAGGAGGACGCCUACGACUCCCCAGACUUCAAGAGGAGGGGCGCCUCGGUGGACGACUUCCUGAAAGGCUCUGAACUCGGCAAGCAGCCGCACUGUUGCCAUGGAGACGAGUACCACACGGAGAGCAGCCGGGGGUCUGACCUCUCAGACAUCAUGGAGGAGGACGAGGAGGAGCUGUAUUCUGAAAUGCAGCUGGAAGAUGGGGGAAGGAGGCGUCCCAGCGGCACGUCCCACAAUGCCCUCAAGAUUUUAGGGAACCCAGCCUCUGCAGGACGGGUGGAUCACAUGGGUCGGAGGUUUCCCCGCGGCAGCGCUGGUCCUCAGAGGUCCCGGCCCGUGACUGUCCCAUCCAUCGACGAUUACGGGCGAGACCGCCUUUCUCCAGACUUCUAUGAAGAGUCGGAAACUGACCCUGGUGCCGAAGAGCUCCCGGCCCGGAUCUUUGUGGCUCUCUUUGACUACGACCCGCUCACCAUGUCCCCAAACCCAGAUGCUGCAGAGGAGGAGCUCCCCUUUAAAGAAGGCCAGAUCAUCAAGGUUUAUGGUGAUAAAGACGCUGAUGGAUUCUACCGUGGAGAAACCUGUGCCCGGCUUGGCCUUAUUCCUUGUAACAUGGUCUCUGAAAUACAAGCAGAUGACGAGGAGAUGAUGGAUCAGCUUCUCAGACAGGGCUUUCUGCCCCUGAAUACACCUGUGGAGAAAAUAGAGAGAAGCAGAAGAAGUGGCAGGCAUCAUUCAGUAUCAACCCGGAGAAUGGUGGCCCUGUAUGACUAUGACCCCAGAGAAAGCUCGCCCAACGUGGAUGUUGAGGCUGAACUUACAUUUUGCACAGGAGAUAUUAUUACCGUUUUUGGUGAAAUUGAUGAAGAUGGAUUUUAUUAUGGGGAGCUGAAUGGGCAGAAAGGCCUUGUGCCCUCAAACUUCUUGGAAGAAGUGCCUGACGACGUAGAAGUCUAUCUUUCUGAUGCUCCAUCCCACUACUCUCAAGAUACACCAAUGCGCUCAAAGGCAAAAAGGAAGAAGAGUGUUCAUUUCACACCUUAAUCAGGCAAUGUAGCCUUCACGUAAGUGAGCAACUGAAGAUACCGAUAAAGAUACCAACUUAAGCUACCUUAAACGGGCCAAUGUGGUAGACUUAAGGCUUCAUUGUGGGGUUAACAAAAAAAAAGAUAAAAAGAAAUAUGUCUCAAAAAAUUAUUGGACCUAAAUAAUCAGAAUAUUACUUGGUCUCAGUUGUAAAGCAACUGAAUUUAUAGUGAAGCAAAUCAUCUUUAAUCAUUUCCUACUACGUGCAUUAAGACUAUUUGAAAGGCCAACAUUGGGAACAUAUUUCUUAACAAGCUAACUGUGUGUUUACAUAGAGCUGCAUAUUGCAUUGUUAGCCACUCUUGGAAAAAGCACAACCUAACAAACAUGUUUACUAUAGGAAGUUUGACUUGAGAAACUUAACCCAAGGUCAAGCAGAUGAGUAGUGAACACAGGCGAUCGAGUGUUGGCUCUGCACACUCCAAAGGCUGGCUUGAACGGCCAGCACGUGUUUUCCUUAAGUAACCCUGCCUCUACCUUACGAGAGGGCUAUGCUCCUCCUCAAAGCACAACCUUCUGUGAGAGAAGUUGCUGCAACACGGAGUUGUUGUUGGUAUACCAAUGCAAUACUAAGUUGAAGCACGCAGCUCAAACGAUCGCAUUAGAUGGAAUAGAUGGUAUCUUCAGGUGUGCUUUGGGAUGCUUUACUAGGUGUUUUCCAUUAGAAUUAGACCUUGAUUUUAAAUCCAAGCAAGCUUGAAGCCCCUUGGCUUAGAGCAUUUGCCUGCUGAAUACUGAACACUCCCAUGGCAAGAGUUGCUCUGGAGGGAGGGCCGGAGGAAUGCUGCUGCUCUGUCAACGCAGGCACAUGCUUCGCUGUAAAAGGAAGCGAGGUAAAGUCGUCCUGCAACGUAUCAGAGCGAAAGUCUACCCCCCAAAGCACUAUUAAGCGCUUAACGUAUACUGAAAUACUACCAUGUGCUGUCUACUGAGGAAAAUUCUUGUUUAAUUAUUUGGAAAUAAUGCAAGCAUCCACUGAGGGCCUUUAAGCUUUCUUUGAUUGUAAUUAAGGUUCAUUUUAGUUUUUUUUGUUUUUCUUUCAACCAGUGUGCCAUCUCCAAUAUUUCUAUAGUAGACUAACCAACCCAGGAAUGCACUUUAACAAUAUCAGGAUUUUAUAUAACCAAAUAGUUUCCAGUACAACAAAAUUCCCUUUACGAACUUUUGCUUUUUAAGAUUACUGAUGGGUACUCGGCCAACUUUACUAUCAACCUAAUUUCAAAUAAUGUCUCCCCUGCCCUUAGUCUUCAUUUACGAAGUGAAUUAUUACCUGCCUUAGCUUUGCCAAAGCAAUGGCCAUCCCGCACGCCCCUGAGACGGAGAAGCGGAACCCACACAUUUAUGUCUGGGCCCUCUCUCUGGCGGCUGUGGGAGAGGACCUUUGCUUCUCACGGCAUACUUUAACAACCGAGAGAACAAAUGAACCCCCUUGACCUUUCCUGGUGGGAAACGGGGACAGUACGAUGUUACCAAGUGAAUUCUGUUGUUGGCGCUCACACACUCAAUAAACUGUCACACUGUACCUACUAGGUUCCUCCUGAGGGUUCAGGUACAGCAAGGAGAG